AUGACUCAUCAAGUGAGUGCUAUUGUUCACUCAAUGGAUCCAAAGUUGGAAGAUCCGGGCGCUUUCACAAUCCCUUGCACUAUUGGGAGCGCCGAUUUUGCCAAGGCAUUAUGUGAUCUCGGGGAAAGUAUCAACUUGAUGCCCUAUUCAUUGUUCAAAACUUUCGGAAUUGGGAAACCAAGACCCACAUCCAUGAUGUUGCAAAUGGCAGAUCGAAAAAUGAAGAGGCCUUUGGAUAUUAUUGAUGAUGUAUUGGUUCGAGUUGACAAGUUCAUCCUCCCAGCGGACUUUGUUAUCCUUUAUUGUGAAGUGGACUAUGAUGUGCCUAUUAUUUUGGGUAGACCUUUUCUUGCUAAGGGAAAGGCUCUUAUUGAUGUGGAAGCUGGUGAGCUCACUUUCUGGGUGGGUGAAGAAAAUAUGGUUUUCCAUGUGUGCAAAUCAAUGAGGCAACUGAAUAGUAAUAAAUUUUAUUUGUUCGUGGAUUUGGUGACGGACGUGAUUAUUGAUGAUGCUACUGCCACAAUGAACGUUGAAGACAAAUUGGAAGUUGUUUUGCUCAACUUUGAUGAUGAUGAGGAGAGUGAUGGCUAUGUGGAGUGUGUAAAUGCAUUGCAAGGUAGAGUCCACAUUGGAGGUGUUACAAAGGAGAAAAGGAGCAAUCAGAUGGACUUUGGAGGAUAUCCAGGGAAUAAGCCCUGCCUUUUGCAUGCACAAGAUUAUUUUGGUGGAGGGUCCCAAACCCUCCGUUGA